AUAUAUAGGCUGUUUAUAGUUUCUCUGUCAUCCAAUUUGGCCGGCCUUUAGCGCGUUAACGCGUAUACUUGUUUUGUAAUAGUAAUUGUGGGUGACCACUAUAUAUAACUCUUCCUUACCUUCCCCUUCCUCAGCAGGUGCAGAAAAAAUAAACGCAUCUGUUCUUCAUCUGUUUCAUCCAUCCAUCAUCGGCUCCGAUCCAUCCACCACCCCUAAAAACAUCCCAUCAUCCAUCACCCACUCUCAAAACCAAAAAAACAAUCCCACCCAGAACACCUUUUUUUUUUUUUCUCUCUCUCUCUCUCUCUCUACAAAUCUGUCAGAAAAAAAGUUGGGGCCAAAGUGUGGUGUGGUACAGACAACAAGAAAUUGAAAGAAAAUAAUGCCUUCGUUGGAGGAACAGUUGUUUCCGUCAACGCCCGGUAAGAUUAAAAUAGACAGACCACACCCCAUGAAUCGUCAUGUCCACCGAUGUUUCGCCUCCACCAGCACCAUGUUCCUCUGGGCUCUCUUCUUGAUCGCCCUCACCGCCUCCUAUCUCAGUUUCCAGAGCUUCGUCGAUUCCGGUAGCCGCUACUUCACCUCCUCCUGGGGAGGAUCCCAAUGGGAGAAGCAGGUCCGCAAGUCCGCCGACACCCGCCGCUCCGGCGGUAUGUCCGUACUCGUCACCGGCGCUGCCGGUUUCGUUGGCAGCCACGUCUCCCUCGCCCUCAAGAAGCGGGGAGACGGCGUUGUUGGCCUCGACAACUUCAACAACUAUUACGACCCUUCCUUGAAAAAAUCCCGAAAAAAGCUUCUCAAUUCCAACCAUAUCUUCAUUGUCGAUGGUGAUCUCAACGACGCGCGUCUUUUAGCCAAGCUCUUCGAACUCGUGUCUUUUUCUCACGUGAUGCACUUGGCCGCGCAGGCGGGUGUGCGAUAUGCCAUGGAGAACCCAAACUCCUACAUCCACAGCAACAUUGCCGGCCUUGUUACCCUUCUCGAGACUUGCAAGUCCGCCAACCCACAACCCGCAAUCGUUUGGGCCUCUUCCAGUUCUGUUUACGGGUUGAACGAAAAGGUUCCAUUUUCUGAAUCGGAUCGGACCGACCAACCCGCGUCCCUCUACGCAGCCACCAAGAAGGCCGGUGAGGAAAUCACCCACACGUAUAAUCAUAUUUACGGGUUGUCAAUUACCGGGUUGAGAUUCUUCACUGUUUACGGCCCCUGGGGAAGACCCGACAUGGCCUACUUCUCCUUUACCAAGAACAUUUUGGAGGGUAAGCAAAUUACGGUAUACAGGGGAAAGAACCGGGUUGAUUUGGCCCGGGACUUUACAUACAUUGAUGAUAUUGUGAAGGGGUGUGUCCGGUCGUUGGAUACGGCGGCUAAGAGUACCGGUUCGGGUGGGAAGAAGAGGGGACCCGCACCGUACAGGAUUUACAAUCUGGGUAAUACGUCGCCGGUGACUGUACCCACCCUUGUCAGUAUUCUGGAGAAGCACUUGAAGGUUAAGGCGAAGAAGAAAAUAGUGGACAUGCCCGGUAACGGAGACGUCCCCUUCACCCAUGCCAACAUAAGUUUGGCCCGGAGAGAGCUUGGGUACAAACCCACUACCGAUUUACAAACCGGGUUGAAGAAGUUUGUUAGGUGGUAUGUAUCCUAUUAUGGUAACCCUCGUGGCAAGCCUGUGCAUUAGUUUUUUCCUUUUUUCUUUUUUUUCUGUUUUUUUUUUUUUUGUCUAUGAAACUUUUCUUUCUUUCUUUUUCCUGUUUCUAGAUUUUCUUAUUUUCCCGGGAAAAUGAAUAGAAAAUUGGAAAACAAAUUCUAACGAAGAAAAGGGAGGGAAAAAAAAAAAACAAUUCUUUUUUCUUCUUGGGGAUGAGGGGAAGUAGAGAUUUAUCCUCUGUUAGAGUUUUGUUGUUUCCUUCUUUAUUGUAAAGGAUAAGAAGUUCCUCCUAA